AGCAUGACCAGCAUAAACAUCAUACAUAGCUGGAAGUAUGGUAUAAAUUAACGUAUGUGCCAGGGAUACAUUGGCCAUAGCCUCCACCUGGUUAUUCAACAGUAAGACCGUAGGUGUGUUGAAUAAUCUAGAUUACUAACGUUCAUCAUCUAUGGUAUAUCACAAUAUGAUUAUUUUGGAUUAUACGAUAGUCUUACUUCAUUCCUAAGUUGUAUGUUUAUCUGAAGAUGUAUAAGUUGCUUCUUCUUUUCAUUUCAGCCAGCGCCUAUAAAGUGCUAUACGGGGUGCAGGCUAUUCUCGAAACAGAUUAUAAGGAAAUAAUACCUUGCACUCAAAAACGUUUUGAAGCUAUUAUAUUGGCCAUGGAUGAAGGGAAAUUCAAUAAAGAAUUAAUUGAUUACGUAAACCAAGCUAUACAUGACAAGUUGAUCACAAAUCUUCAAAAACGAUGGGAGUUGGAAAUGGAAUCAGAAAAAUCGGAAAUUACAGCAAAUGACAAAAAGCUACUACAACGAAUUAUAUUCGAAAACAGGAAAUUAAACGACGGUGAAAAAAUGGAAUCGCACCGUGCGAAAUGGUAUUAUGAUACUUACUUAGAGUUGAAUAGAACAAGUGUUGAAAUUAAUCAAUUUAAUAAUGAAAUAUACGAAGAUAUUGGGCCAAUUCUACAUGAUUUCUUCACCGCAUUGUAUGGACCGCAGUACAAAGAGCAAGUAUUAGCAUUGUACGACAGCCGCCCUUUAAAACAGUAUAUAUUCCGCAAUUUGAGGUUCGUAUUCAUUCAAUUCCAAAAUGACCUGCAAUUAUUGGAAGAUGUAUUUACUGCAGAUGAGAUCUCUGGUAAGACACCACAUGUAACUGACGAAACAACAGAAAAGAUUAGGCAAUGGGUCAUCAAAAAUACGCCAAAGAUCAAACCUGCCGAAACUAUAGAAGGAGAUGUGGUGCUAAAGACAUUGACUACAUUGUUAGAUGAAAGAGAACAGCAUGUAUAUUCUCUCGGAGCAAAUUGGAAGCUGUUCAAUAUGAUGUCAAACGACACAUCACGUGCCAUUCAAGAGUGCAAAAGCCUCAACUCUGCGAUGUUUGCCUCAUUUUUAACCACAGUGGUUAUCACGACCGCCUUUACUAUACUAUAAAGUGCUUAUUGAUGCAUGCAACAUAUUAACAG